AAGUGGAAAGUCGUGCUGGAACUCUGUAAGUUGAAACCAGGUUGAACUAGGGAAUUGAUGAAACUGAUGCAAUACACUGGCAAGUUUCACCAGUGGCAGAUAAUCAAUUCAAACAUAAAGUAGCCUACUUACAACUUUAGAAAAUCAUUCUUCUGUGAUUAAGGUCCAGAUUUCCUCUGAAACAAUUAUGACAGACAAAGUGGUUGAUGGUAUGGAAGCCUUAGAUUUAACACAAAAGCCACCCGCUGAAGAGGAAAAAGAAAAGGAAGAUUUUGUGGACCCUUGGAAUGUUGUUGGCACUUCUGCAAAAGGCAUUGCCUAUGAAAAGCUAAUAAAGACUUUUGGCUCUUCAAGCAUCGAUUCAGCUCUGAUAGAACGGUUUGAGAAGGUUACAGGCAAACCGGCUCACCACUUGUUGAAACGCGGUGUCUUUUUCUCCCAUCGCGAUCUUCAUUCGAUCCUAACCCUUCACGAACAAGGGAAGCCAUUUUAUUUGUAUACUGGUAGAGGCCCAUCUUCAACAUCAAUUCAUAUGGGGCAUUUAAUUCCCUUUGUGUUCACAAAGUGGCUUCAAGAAGUCUUUAAUGUGCCCCUAGUUAUCCAGUUGACUGAUGAUGAAAAGUUUCUAUGGAAAGAUCUUAAGAUGGAGGAGGCCCAAAGACUUGCAGUGGAGAAUGCGAAAGAUAUUAUUGCCCUUGGAUUCGAUAUCGAGAAAACUUUCAUCUUUUCGGAUCUUCAGUUUGUUGGACAGUGUCCAGCAUUUUAUCAGAAUAUGGUUCGGAUACAAAAGUGCGUGAAUUUCAAUCAAGUCAAGAGUAUCUUUGGAUUCGGCGACAGCGAUUGUAUCGGGAAAAUCAGUUUCCCAGCAACCCAAGCGGCGCCAGCGUUCUCGUCAAGUUUUCCUUUUAUAUUUGGCAAUCGCAAGAACGUUCCCUGUCUUAUUCCAUGCGCCAUUGACCAAGACCCUUACUUUAGAAUGACGAGAGACGUAGCGCCACGUCUGGGCCACAUUAAGCCAGCGCUCAUCCACUCUACUUUCUUUCCCGCCCUACAGGGCGCACAAACGAAAAUGUCAGCUAGUGAUGACAAUUCGUCUAUAUUUUUGACUGAUACUCCUAAGAUGUUGAAAACCAAGAUUAAUAAGUAUGCAUUUUCCGGUGGUCAAACUUCGGUUGAGGAACAUAGACGGCUAGGUGGCGAUUGUGACGUAGAUGUAUCCUAUAAGUAUUUGACUUUUUUUUUGGAAGACGAUUUUCGAUUGGAGGAAAUUCGCAAAAAUUAUAGUACCGGAGCCAUGUUAACAGGCGAGCUAAAGCAAGAGCUAAUCACAGUGCUAACACCAAUCAUCACUGCCCACCAGGAAAAAAGAAAAACUGUUACUGAUGAAAUUAUUAAAGUAAGACCUUUCAUCAGACAAAGCACAAACUUGCCGCCCACUAUUCAUCACCUCUGUUUUAUCUUGUAGAUGAGUGAUAGAACAAGCCCUACCACUGCAGAAUAUGCUGUACGCAUACCAGCAAGUUUUGUUUCAAGUAUGAGGGAUUCAUCUUUUGCCCAGCCAACCCCUCUUCGCAACCUACACAAGGAUUUCAUGGAUCUUAGUGAGGAAAUGCAAGUAUAUGUCAGGAUAAAACCUUGUGAAGAAAAAUCUAGCACCUUAUCAAUUGUUGGCAAUCAUAUCAUUGUUCAGCCACCAAAAGAUUCAGUUUCAUUUAAGAACAGAAAUAAUGCUGGGACAAAAACAUUGCAAAAGUUUAAGUUCAACAAGAUUUAUGAUGCAUCUAUCAACCAAGAUUAUCUCUUCAAAGAUUCAGCCCUUAACUUAGUUCAAGAUUUCUUAAUGGGAAAAAAUACCCUUCUCUUUACCUAUGGAGCCACCAGUGCAGGAAAAACUUACACCAUGUUGGGCUCAAUCAGAGAUGCUGGAUUGAUACCUCGCUCCUUGGAUGUUGUAUUUAACAGCAUUGAUGAUAGGCUACUUAAAAGUCCUAUUUUGAAACCCCUUGCUCUGAAUGAAGUCAUGAAGUUGAAUCUUAACCAGAUUGAUGCAGAGGAGGUGGAGAGAGCAAUUCUAAUGAGGGGGUUUGAUCUGGACGCGUCUGAUACCAAAGAAUCCAAGGAUAGCAUUUCUUCUGUAUCUAGUGGAUCACUUAAAGACUGGAAUAUCCGAGCGAGAGAUACUACCGUCUGCGCUCUGCAACACCCUCGCGAUUACUAUUCAGUGUGGGUGUCUUACUGCGAAAUCUACAAUGAGCAAGCUUUUGAUCUCUUGGACGGAUGUGACAAGAAAAAGAAGCGAGUAGCUUUGCGCAUUACCGAAGAUCGCAAAGGAAAGUUCUUUGUUAAAGGCUUGAAGGAGAUUUACGUUCGAUCUGCGGACGAUGCUGUUCGCGUUCUUCUCUUUGGCAAAGAAAAUCUGCAUUUCGCAGCUACAAAAUUGAACCACAAUUCAAGCCGCUCCCACUGUCUCUUCACGGUGAAAGUCAUCCGCACCAACAGCUGCGAUGAACCAAGUGAAGCUGCUAUCAACAUGAUGUCGUUCGUGGAUCUUGCUGGAAUGGAGCGGACAACAAAAACGCAAAGUAGUGGGGACCGCCUCAAAGAAGCAGGAAACAUAAACACUUCACUAUUGAUACUUGGCCGCUGUAUUGAUGCCAUGAGAAAUAAUCAGCAGAAUGUGGCGAACAAAACCAUGAUCCCAUAUCGAGAGUCAAAAUUAACACGAGUUCUUCAACACUUUUUCGUUGGCCAAGGCAGAGCCGCCAUGUUUGUGAAUGUUAGUCCGUCCGCAAACUUGUGUGAUGAGACGCUUCAUGUUCUCAAAUUCGGAGCACUUGCGCAAGAAGUCAUAAUUCAGCCAGAUCGUGACGUUUCGGUAGCCGAUUUAUCAAUCAGCCAAUUUGCUCCGCCGAUACGGCCAUCAAGAUUCCAACAAUUUGUCCGAAAAUCAAUCAGCCUUCUUAGUACUAGAGCGUCGAUGCUCGAGACGUCUACCUUCCAGAUAAUUGGCGAGGAAGAUGGCCUACAGGAACGGGUUCAAGCUUUGGAAGAAGAACUUGCCCGCCUGAAAGCCGACUGGGAGGAAAAUGAGCAAAAGAUUCGCGACGAAUGUUGCAACGAAUGGACAGAGGUAAUCACUAAACUGGAAAAAUCCUGGAACCAACGCUACGAAGACACCAAGGCACGCUACGAAGAGUUCUGCGAAAAUCGAGUUGACCUGAUGGCUCAACUUAUGAAUAAUUGUGUAAAGAAGAAGCGAAAGGUAGCUGAAGAAGAAAAUAUCGAACACUUCGCGUUAAAGUUCAAGGACAAGGAGGAGAAAAUCCAGAUUUUGGAAGAUUCCAACCAACAUCUUAACGAGUUGGUCGAAAAGCUAAGGAGUAGCUUGAAGGUGAGUGAGGAAAGCCGGUCGAAUUUGCAGAAGGAAAUGACUCGGCUCCAAUUCGAAGUGGCCUCUUCAAACAAACCGAAAAUCAAUUUUUGUGGUCCUGACAUUGAUGAAGGUGUUGAAACACCAUCCGAGAAUCUACUGGCGAAACUGAAAGAGGAAUUAGUAGCAAAAGAAGAAAUGCUCAACGAAGCUGCAUUUGAGUACCAUACCAAAUGUGAAGAAAUGGCUAAGCUUCAACAGGAAAAUGAACAGUUGACAAAACAACUUGCCGUGACUCACGAAGAAUUAACAAAUGUUCAGAGUCAACUGGAGCAAAGUAAUUUACUAUUAACGAAUGCUAAUGAGAGACUUGACGUAAGAGAAGAGGAGCUUAUGAAUAUGGAAGAAAGAUUGUUGAAAACAAAUGGUCAAUUCGGAAACCUCAACACUGAGCUGCGCGAAGCCAAGAGACGAAUUCGAGAUCUUGAAUCCCGAAUGAAGGACCAAACUAAUGCCAGUAUGGUUUCCACCCUAUGCGAAGACUUGCAAAAGCAGUUACUGGAAGCUGAAAACAAAUUGGAAAAGCGAAAAGAUGAAAUUCAUCGCCUGAAUAAGGAAUUGAGUCACAAAGAUUGUGUGCUUGCUAAGGGACCUGAGAUCCAAGAAGAAUUAGAAAGCUUGCGCGAUCAAUUGUCAAAGUCUCAGCUUCAGCUAACCAUAACCAAAAAAGAAUUGGCAGCUAUUAAGGAAGCGAACGAAGACAUGAAAGCGCGCAGAGAAAGCCUACUCGAUCAGAUUUCGCACUUGAAGAAAGAUCUUGAACUUUCCAGUACCGAAAGGAAACAUGAUGAGGGCAGCCAGUCUCAUUUACUGGAAGAAAAUGAAAAGAUGCGCCACAACAUAAAUGAAUUGCGUGAUUCCCAGGUAAAACUUGCUGAGGAGAACGCCGAUUUCCAGAAAACAAUGGCAGAAUACGAGUUCACAGUUGAAGAACUAACUACUCAAAUAGGACAGUUGAAGGAAAUAAAGCGCGAACGAGGCCUACUGGAGGAAGAACUCAAAACUUUGGCGGCUACGCUCGGUCGAGUGCAGUUGGAGAAAAGUCAAAUGGAAAAAGAAAUCGCUACUCGGAAAACAGAAUUCGACAAGAUCCAACUUGAAGUGAAACUUUUAAAUGAACAAAACGAAAAUUUGCGAUGCCAGGUUGAACAAAGUCAAGUCCGUGAAGCUGCAUUAAAUGAAGAGCUUCAAGGUCUUAAAAAACGAUUGAUGUCCGCCUCAGAAAAUGAUGCUGGAUCGGCUUCGGCAAUUGCCAGUAAAGAGGCUGAAUUAUCAGACACAAAAGAGAAGUUGGAGGCCAUGAAAAUUGCAAUGGAAAACAAAUCGGCUUUGGAGAAAGAUUUAAAUGAAAAGCUUGAUCAACUCGAAAAAGACAAUGAAAAGCUUACGAAGCAAAUGUUGAAGCACAUGCGACGAGCCAAUGAACUAGCCGAAACCCAUGAAGCGAUGGAAGAGAAACUUCGGGUGAAGACACAGAAAUGUGAUUCUCUAUCAAACCGACUUAUCGAACUUGAAAAUGAGUCAUCAAAUGUCGCCCAUAUCCAAGCUAAACUGCAUGAACAUGAAAUUGCAUUAAAGGCAAAAGAAAAGAAAAUAGAAUCCAUAAUCGAAGAACUAGAAGAGAAGACAACUGCUAUGGAAAACAUGAAAAUGCUGAACGAACGCGUGUUGCGAGAGAAAAAUGAAGAUAUUGAUCGCUUGGAACAUGAACUAAAAUCCAUAUUGAGUGGACAUGUCAAUUACAAAGAACCGGGGCCUUCCAUAAAGAUAGAGGAACUGAUGGCGGAUGAACAAAACCAGGAUGACGGUUCACCAAUGAUGGUUACUCCUACUCCAGUCAAGGCGAGACGCGGUCGUGCAAAAAAAAUUACUUCUCCUGGAUCCGCACAAAAAGAAGUGGACGAGAACAAAACUGAAACAGCGAGUCUUUGUGGUAGUACUCGAAGUCGACGAACACUUAAAACAGAAUUUGCUGCACCGCCAAGCAUUACCAAGAGCUCUGCACGCAAACCGCGCAAAGCCAAGUCCGACUGCGACGAAGUGGCGCAUCCUGCACAUCUUUCUGUGCAGCAGCCCGAUGACGUGGAUAGCAAUGACGUAGACUCUACAACAUUGGGACAUACGAGCAAACGAAGGUUGUACAACGCAAAAUGUCCAGAUAUUUUGCUGCCUUCUACUAAAAAGGAGGAAGGCGAGGGAAUCGACUUCCCUAAACGAAUGGCGACAAGGAGCCGUAAGCCGCAAUAAGGGCUCAAAAGGAUCUUAAGCGAAAUUUUUAAAAUACCAAUUAUAAACCUAUGUUUUAAAAUAUGCUGUCUUGUGAAAUAUGUUAUUUUUGCUGGUAAAUAUGAUCCACUUCCCACAGUAAUAAA